CUUCAUUAUAUUCAAAGUAUAAUUUUUUCCAGUUUUUGUAUUUGUUGCAUUUGAUAUAAUAGUAAUGAACCCUCGGGCCAUUCAGCAUCAUUCGAGAUUUUCUCUGGCAUCAUUGUAAACUCACUGUUUCGUCCUUAUUCAGGAGUGUCACUUCUCCUGCCUUAUGGAACUGUUCCACGGCGUUUGCAGUGUGUUCAGCCAGGUCUUGGAUAGCGUCAUGGUGUAGAUAUAUUUCCUUCCACUUUCUGUCCAUAUGCAGCUUUUUCCUCGCUGUCAGGAGCUAAACAGCUUUGGAAUAUGUCUUCAUAAGAGGAUCUUUGAUGAUAAAACAGACAUGGAAAACGUCAAUCCAACCGCAUUGCCCUACCAUAACACAACAGAGAGUCUGGAAGGGCCCUUGAAGGCGACCUUGUCGCCUCAUGACCAAUAUAUCGUGGAUGUCCUCAAGGUUAUUUACGACAACAUGGAUCACCUCCGAGAGAUCAUUUUCACUUUUGGUGUCCCUGGCAACAUGUUGCUGUUCCUGGUGAUGAUACAGCGGAAGAACCGAACCUCGUCCACUUGUAUCUUCAUGGCAGUGCUGGCGAUCGUGGACACUUGUACUUUGCUAGGGUUACUCAUCAAUUCAAAGAAACUGAUCAGUGCAGGUCUUAUCGAGAAGGUCAACGUAUGUAAACCAAUUGCAUUCAUCAACAAUGCAUUCUCGUCUGCUUCCUGUUGGAUCAUCGUCGCUAUGACAACUGACAGACUAAUCGCUGUCACAUGGCCUCUAAAAAGUGGAACCCUCUGCACGGCCGGGCGAGCAAAGAAAACCGUUCUGGCGGUUUGCAUCCUAUGUUUGACUAUAAAUUCGCAUUUUAUAUUCACUCAAAGUUAUGUAUGUAAUCCUAACACAAAUCGAUGCACAUGCACACAGCAUGCAUUCGGGUCUGAGGCGGCUGUCACUGUCAUAAGAUGGUGCGAUUUCGCUGUCAAUUCUGUCAUCCCCAUCUCGAGCUUAUGCGUCCUGAAUAUCCUUAUAGUAAGAGCUUUUAGCAAAUCACAGAUCCAACAAAAAGGGUUACACACGAGUACUGGAGACACCACGAAGAUAAAUGAUAAAGAAGGUGCCAAAUCGAAACAACUCACACGCAUGCUGCUCAUUGUCAGUGUGGCAUUCAUCGUGACCGUGACUCCACAUAGAGUCGGCCGCUCCUUGGAGUCUGUGUUUCCUCAAACUACGACAGUGGGUAACGCGGCGGUACGGGUGGUAAGGAGUUUUAACAAUCGCCUCUGGUACGUCAACAAUGCCAUCAACUUUUACUUAUAUGUAAUCGGCGGAGGCCGAAGGUUUCGACAGGAUUUGAAGACGCUUUUCAACUGUGCAAAAUGACAUUUACGCAGCAAUGUUUCUCACUGCAGAAAAAGGCAAUUAGCUGCUUUGCUGUCCAGUGCCGUUCGGUUAAGAAGAUUGACAUCGUCAAAUUUCUUCUUUCAGUGGAUUACUGCUUUUUAUCUUUCAAUAAUUAUAAAAGUUUUGUGUGAGUGGAAUGGGGCACCUGACGUAUCUAUUCAUGAAAUACACAGACUGGUCGAGUACACCAAUCGCUCUGUACUGCCCUAUCAGGAUGGGUUUUUUUUAGAUUAUGGUUUCAUCUUUCGUUAGACAUGUGCAUGACGAUUCGAAAAGAGCGGCAGAUUUGCAGUGCAUGCUUUGAACAGAUCUGGUGCUAAUUUAGGAAUGGUUUGCUCAGUCUGAAACUAACGGCCAUGAUGAAAGACUUUCUGUGACAUAUUGGGUAAUAAUGUCUUCAUUCAAGUUGGUAAAAGUUACAAUCUUUAAAAUUUCAAUUUGUGAAUUGAUGUUUCUAUCAAGGUUAACAUAAGGUACGUCGAAAAAGAGAUAAUUCAUUCUCCUAUAAUAGUUGAAAUUAUUACAAGUAAUCUCUACGAUUUUGCGGGGAGGGGUUAUUCCACCGGAGCUGCCGUCAUACAUAAUGUCCUUCCGAAUUUUUUAAUCAUCAUUUCCCGCUCUUCAACCCAGCACUUCUCCACCGAUCCAUGGCUAGUUAUCCUUGAUAGAGAGUGUCCUGCUUCCAGAGAUGUCCGAUAAGGCAGCUACCGCUACUGAGACUGAUGGCUAGCUAUAAAACAGCUCUUUCCAGUUUGAUUAGGUUAGAGUAAUUAUGACAACUCCCCAGCUGCUACGAUCCACUGUCCAUCCCGGAAAAUGCUAAGUGUCAACCAAUAGCACAGAGAUGCCAAUGCAAGGGUAUAAUCGGGUGAUGAUAGAGCUGCUGGUACAUUAGUAUCACUCUCGAUACGAUGACACGCUAAUUUGCUAUAAUAGGAGUAUGCUGGACCAUAUAAAAAAGAUAUGUUUCUCAUCAGGGAAGGUCGCUGCUGUACAUCACUCGGCCUUGUGUUAUAUAAAACUUGGCAAAUUGGAUAUUAAUCAGAACUAACUGUAAUUAGUAAUGCUAAGCAAAUGAUUCGUCUCUAACGAGGAAAAUUCUUUUCUGUAUAUCGCUCGGCAGUGGUUGGAAACUAAACAUUUUGUGUUCUUUACGUAGUAUACGAUCGAAAAGGACUCAACUAAGUUUUGGCAGGAAACGAAUAAUCUUCGUUAAGCCGAUGGUGAGGAAGAAGAGUUUUCAAGCAACCCCCCUAGCAGACGAGACGCAAGGGAAAGAUGACGAGCAAAGACCUUGGAUCGUGCUGCAGUCAUUGCGUGGGCUUCUUCAUCUCCCUAGCCAGUGCCUUUUUCACCGCCCUGAACGGUCUAAUAUUCGUCUAUGUAGAACCGUACGGAUUCAAUGCGAUUCUGUGCAACUUCUAUCGCUUCGCCUUGAUGACAAUAAUAUCGUUGUUCUUAGUUUUACUGAAAGGCGAGACGUUGAUUGUGAAGAGACCGCUCCUGUGGUUUGGUUCCUUCUUUUUCUCUUGCAAGAGUUUGCUGUUUUACUUAGCCAUAGCUUACUCCGAGUUGUAUGCUGAUGUGUACGCUAUCAAUACGCUUCAGGUCGCUUUCGUUGCCCUAUUGGGAUGGCUGAUUCUAGGUGAACGGUGCGAUUUUGUGGAUCUGAUCUUGAUUGCGCUCAUUAUGGUUGGAGCUGUUAUCAUUAUUCAGCCACAGUUUAUCCGAAACUUGCUACAUGAACCAGAAUCGGCGGAGAAUCGGUGCAACAAGCCAACGCACAUUUGGGAGAACAGGACGCACGAGCUGGACCAAUAUUUCAACUCUACAGACGGAACGUUCUACCUUGAGUUAAACACGAUUCCUGGCUUUAACAAUGAUACGGCUAUAGGUGGACUGCAGAAUGUUCUGAGUAACUUUUCGAACACAUCAACCACAUUGGAAGCGCUCUCAAACACCGACACUAUUUCAUACGGAAUACGACAUAAUGCAUCGUGGAUAUCUGAUAAAUCUGUUCAAAAUGUGCAUGUAGAAUGCAACAGACUUCUUAGUGGCCUAUUAGCUGUGCUCUCCACCGUAAGCAUGGCUAUAUUUUACGUCUGCCUCCGGACAACUAAAGACGUCUUCCUUGGGACUGUCGUGCUGUAUAAGAAUUUCACAGGUGUUAUCAUGACAGUGAUCCUUGCAUCGUCUCUUAGAAUGUGGACCUUUCCCGCCCAGGCUAUUCCGUGGUUGAUUCUGCUGACCCUGUGUAUAUCUGGCGGGCUGAGUUUCGGCCUUUCUGUGAUAGCACUACGACGAGAGAAAGCUGCCGUGGUAUCCAUUGGGAGAACCUCACAAGUCAUCUUCAGUUAUCUUAUGGAGAUCACGAUUCUGCGUCAUCUUCCAAACUUACUAAGUUCUGUUGGUGCAUCAUUGACUGUCGUUGCUUCGCUUGUGUUCUUUCUGCGUCGCCUUUACAGAGUCGAUGGAGAGGAAGAGGUCAAGAAUGAGCAUACGCCGAUCCUGAAUGGUGCGGCACCAACGGAUGUGACGUCGCAGGAAUUCGGGAUGGACAACCUAGGACACAAUAUCGACCAGGCGAAACUCGCAGAGGCGCCGUAGUGACUCGCCCUCUUCCUCUCCAUGUAGUCACGCGCAAAAUAUUACUACCGUUUGUACUUGAAUGUGGGGAAAUCUAAAUGCAGUCGCAGGGUACUUCUCGAGAAGCAAAGCUCAUGCAGGGUGUGAGUGCAAUAGCUUCAUAAAGCAAAUGUGUCUAAAAGGUGAAGCGGGUGCUUUUCCAUUCAAGAAUGCCAAUUGAUCGAAAAGGAACAGCAAUUCAACAGUAAACAAAACUUUAAUUUCAUGCAGUUACAAAAAUGUCAUUUCGUCCGUGCCAAUUCAAAUUUGCCAACAAAAGAGAAGGUAGAUGAGGCCCUACUAACAUGCAUCAAUUAAAUCCGACGAAACUGAGUUUCACUCCUUAUGAUUAUUUUCCAUUUUUGGCUGAGAAAUACCAUGCACAAUAUACGAAACUUGAACACUUUCUCCCUCGUUUAGUCAUCAGAAAGUGACACCAUACCAGCAGUGGUGUCCGAGGGAUUAUUACGACAUUACCUUGGUAAGAUUAUUGGUUGAAGAUUAUUUGUUUGCAUGGGAAUGAUGGGAUACAUAUAAGCGAACUUUGUUAGAUUGAAAUGUAUACGUGUAUCAUAAAUGUCAUAGAUAAUAUAAAUUAAUCAUCAAUCUAUACUUGACGUCACUGGUUGGAAGAACCAAUACUUGUUUCGCAUGCAUUUUCAUCACAGUUAAUGCUUUCCAACAGAAUAUAUAGUAAUCAGUAGUAACAAGCUGUCUAACAAAUCAACAAUCAACAAUACCCAACAAAAUGGUAAUAAAUAACUAAUAACUAGUGAAACACAUCUACAAAGCGUUCAAUAAUUGGAAGGGAACUCAUCCUUAUACGACAUUUAAAGCUAAAAAACCCUUACUUUUAGAGAGCAUUUCUGGAAACUACUAUAGUUUUUUGACAGAAAGUCAGCGACUCGUCAUGUUUACAGUGAAUAGGUUAUAUCAAGACUUAAUAAAGACCAGUCUUUAGUAUUUCUUGGCAAUAUUGAAUGUAACAAUAAAAAUGCUUAUAACAACAACAAAAACAACAACAACAACAACAACAGUAUUUCUACAUUUUUCGAGCAUUCGUCCGAUUCAAUAAAUUUCUUGAAAAUCACAUUUCGGACGUCAUUAUACAUUGAUCAAUUUCAAAUUCUUCUCGGAUAACGAGUGCAUAUACAUGUACAUAAAAAAUAUGAUGAGGGUUACAAAACUUCUAAUUGCGAAACUGCAGGAAGCAACAACAUAACAUGCAAGACUAUGGAGAACAUGAAGUGACACAACGCCAGCAUUGCGUAGCUAACGCCACUUGAACAACGUAACACAUGCUAAAGACAAAACGGUGGCUCUCAACUUAUGAGGUUCCUGACGGGAUUAGCAAACGGUUUGAUUGGAAUCUCCUCUUGCUCGUCACUGGUGUGAUCACUGUCGGGCCUGCACUCAUCAGGAUUGCCCGUCAGGCCUGGCAAAAUAAUUUG